GCUCGCCCUCGCUCAGCUGCCACUCCCAGCUCACUCAGUAAGUCUAGUCUCCAGUCUCCCAAGACUUUCAGCAUCAUGGACGAAAUUAUAAUCGGCGUACUCUAUGCCAUCAUCGGGGUGGUCCGAUUGUGGUACAGAUCGGAAGACAUUUAUGCCAACUUCACAGACUUCCACAAAGCCUCUACCCAGCAAGUACGACGCACCCAAAUCACUGUUGUGUGUGUGCUCGGACUAUUCGUCGCAUUGUUAUGGCCUCUCGAUAUCCUCUGGAUCGUGCUGGAAGUGUACUUCGUUGGACUUGCGACCGAGAUCUGGGAAGAAGAACAACGGGCCAAUCACCUCCCAAUUACACAGCCAGCACCACCCAAAGCAACGGCUACCUCUGCUGAGGCAAGAUCCCCGCCGCCACCCUAUAAUAGUGGCGGUGGGAAUACUGUUGUUGUGUAAUGGGAGACAUGGAAAAGAAUGAUCUGUAUUUGAUUUGGCUUUUUUUUAUUUUCUGUUGCUCAUUAUCAGCGAUGUGAACCCAAAGGGAUGGGGUUUGGAUUUUGCCGAGAAGACUGUCGACAAAUUCCAUGCGGAGGAGGUCGGUGCAUAGCACAGAAUACAUUAUUACAGGUAGUCUAUGUAAUCAGUUUGGUACUUCGAUUAUUGCAUGUUGAACAGGGAAAUUCGAGAGCUUUCAGGCCUUCC